AUGGGACCUCCUUGGCAGAGUGGUUUAUGUUGCAGAGUGUCAGCAAUACAAGAGUUUUAUUGUAACAAAGGUAAAAAGGAAACAAUAACAGAAGUGAAUGAAGGUAUCAUCAAGACUCUAGAGCCAGGAAGUGAGUUCUACAGUAACGAUCUGACCUGUGGAUGGGAACUUGAUGCAUCAGAAAAUGGGCGUAUACAGUUAACUAUAGAGUCGGUGGAUCUACAGUGGAAUCCUGAGUAUUCGACGUGCUCCGGAUACGAUAAUCUUGAAAUACGUGAAGGAACAGAAAAAAACAAUACGCAGUUAACAUCCAUAUGCCAUGCUAAGAAUCCCUACAGUGUGAUUUCUAGAGGGCGUUAUUUGUACCUGAAGUUCAGCUCUAACCAUCAAAAUUUUGACAACAGGAGAGGAAUCCAAAUAAGAUUUAAAACAUUCAAAGAUCAGUACUGCCCACCAGAUUGGUUUCAGGUUUCACCAUCAUCAGAAGAUUGUCUCAUGAUUGGUUUCAGCGGAAAGGCAGAUUGGAGCCGGGCUCAAGAUGUCUGCAACUUCAAUAGAGCAAAUCUUGCUAGCAUCUUAACAGAAUUUGAAUUAAACACCAUUUUAGACCAUGGAAGAAAUUCAUCUUCAACCUUGACCACAGCAUGGAUAGGUCUCAGUGACCGUGAAAUAGAGGGUUUAUUCAAGUGGAUAGACAGGCACAAAUUGUCAUACGAAAGGAAAAAGACAGGGAUAAGAUAUGAUACCCACUGUGUUGCCCAAGAUUUCACUACAGGAGAUUGGAGUGUUCUGAAAUGUGAUAGUCUACAAAACUAUAUCUGUAAAUGUAAAAAAGAUGGCAGCACUGUAUUGUAUCAGGCUGACCCUGCUACUCCACCUCCUGAUGAAGAUGAUGAUGGCACCAAAAUCUUUCUGAUUGUGAUUCUUGUUGUUGUGUUCAUAGUUGUAAGCUGUGUUGCCAUUGUUCUUUUCUACUGUUGUUACUGGCGCAAGAGAGAACCACAUGGCAACUCAAGAAAGAAAAAGGAGAAUGUUGAAAAUGAGAAUUUAUCUGGUGCAAGACAAUUUACUCCACUUGAACGCCAAGGUUCAGCACCUUCAGCCCCACCACAGGAAGAUGUAAUGUUACACGAUCCGCAGAUGGUGGCGCCACCUACGUAUGAAGAAUCUCGUUAUGAUCCCAUUGCAGUAUCUCCAUCAACAUACUGAUUGCCAUUGAUAUUAUUAUUUUAUU